UAUAAAAGUUUAAAUAAACACACAUACGCGCGAACAUACAUAUACACAUAUACAUGUACAUCUUCAUACACAACUCAAGUCAAGAUCAAAACGCCUAAAUCAACAAACACUCAAUGUCGUUGUAUUAUUAACAAUCUGGUAACAUCGGCCGGAUCGUUGCCGUUACCCGCGCAGCAACAAAUCAGCAAAAACCAACAGCAAACGCAACAUUUUCUCAAAAUGCAACCAACCAAAUUGAACUACUACUACAACUACUACUACUACUGCUAUCGAGCGCAACGCACGCAUAUUAGCACCACUCGGCAGUAUUCAUCAACAACCCGCUGUUAUAUUGUGUACGCGUUAUUUUUAGAUUUGCGAAUUUCAUAAACAUAUAAAAAAUAAUAAUGAUUGUGGAUACCAUCGUUUUAUGUGUGGAGGAGUACGAUAAUGAAAAAAAGAAGAAAAAAAAAUAUACGUAUAAAUAUAUAUAAAAAAAAAAUAUCUAAAUAAAAGCACAUGAUACCAUUCCCCAUGAGAACGUACAUAAAAAACGUGCCUGUGUUAUCACAAUAUCAACAGCAGCAGCAACAACAACAACAACAACAAAUGAUAAAGAGAUAUUAUAGUGAAAGCAUUUCUACUAAAUAAAAAAAUUUCAAAAAAAAAAAGCGAAACAAAAAUUCAGCCAAAAAUUAGAGAAACACAUUUACAGCUACAACAACAACAACCAAGUGAUAAAAGUAUAACAAGAAUAAAAAAAAAAAAAGAAAAAAACAAGUAACAAAUAUCUUGUGCCAAAGAUAACUGCAGCAAAUUAGCUAUAAAUUAUCAUUCAUACAUUUAUAUAUAUGUAGAUAUAUAUAUAUAUAUAUAUAUAUAUGUAUAAGAACAACAUAUCAAGCCUAUGAGCCAAAUUUUCAAUUCUUUCUUUUAUCCCCUAAAACAACAAAAACUUUGGAAAACAAAAAAAAAUAUGUCCUUUCUCUUUGGAAUAUAUUAACAAGAAAACAUAUUGCCGCAGCUAAGCUUAAAGAUUUUCCGGUUCAUUAACACAAGAGAAAGAACCGAAAAUGGAUAGCGAAAAAUACUCUUUACGUCAGCGGCAGAAACGGAAACAUUUCUUAGCUAAUGCAUUGGAUAACCAGGAUUAUAAUAGUGAUAAUUCCUCUGAAUCAGGUCAGAAUGGACUGAAUUCUGUUAAAAAUUUUGCAAUUCACACAAACUCGAACGCAGGCAAGGCAAAAAGUAAAGCUGCCCCAUUAAGUAAAUAUCGUCGAAAAACUGCCAACGCCAGAGAGCGUACGCGCAUGCGUGAAAUUAAUACUGCUUUCGAAAAUCUCAGGCACUGCGUUCCAUCCUGCAUCACGAAUGAGGAUGCCGGAGCCACAAAUGAAAAACUAACGAAAAUUACAACAUUACGUUUGGCAAUGAAAUACAUACGUAUAUUAAGUGAAGCUUUAACAAAACCCGGUGAGGCCGAUUACGAAUUACUUUAUGAUUGCACACAAGCAAAAUUGUAUUCCCCGGCAACUAUAUCGACGACGGAAUUGGGUAAAGGUGAAAAAGAGAGCAAUGCGAAAAUUUGUACUAAACGUAAAGGAAAUAAAGUGAAAAUGAAAAAUAAUGCAGAAAAACAAAAAACCAACGUUACCCGUAAGAGUUUGACGAAACGUCAAACGAGUAAGAAACAAAAGCCAAUAGAUACUCAAAAUUAUUACACAUCACCCGCCUCUCUACGUUGCCAAGAGUCACCAUUAUCGAAUAUAUCCUCAGCUUACGCUUCAUUAAGUUCAGAUUUUUCGGCUUCUCCUUUAUCGAAUUCAUCGUAUGUCUAUGAGAAUCAAAAUGUGACAACUAAUUUUAUAUAUACGCCUAAUAAUCAUCAACAAAAUUAUCAAAAUCCUACUCACUACAAAACCGGAUCGGCAGAGAAUAACAAUUUAUUAUUGGAAUCGGACGGUGAAUCUCUUAAUCUUUCCGAAAGUUGCUUAAGUCCAUUGCAAACAGCCAAUCGUACCUGUUCAAAUACGGCAAACUCCUACGAGAACGCUAGCAAGGAACUAACAUCUUUAGAGAAUCCUUUAGAAUUGAGUUUGCGCCUAGUGGAACCGAUGCAAGACGAUUCAUUAACUUUUACAAUAGAUCAAGCCGAUCCACCUCCUUCUGCCUGCAUUAGCCCUUUAAUGGCACUCGAGCCCUUCAAUCCUUUCGAUCUAUUUCAUGCUGAUCUGGCAGAGCAAACCGCUUUAGAUUUAUUUCUUACCUGACCGUAAGAUAGUAGAAUAUGAAAAUAGAAAAAAACAGCAAAAAAAAAAAAAAAACUUAAUGGCCCAAGUUUCUAAGUUAAUGUUAAGAAAAAAAUUUGUUAAGUUUUGUUCACGUUUUCUUGGGAAACUUUCUAUUUAUUGUAUUGUGUUGUUUUUUUUUCUUUUUUUUUUUAAUUAAGCAUUUUGUUUGUUUGUUU